CCUGCAUUGAUUCACUCACCACAAUAUAUGCUCAUCACUUGCUUCUGCUUCAAAGCAUUCAUUUCCCUAUAUUCUAGCCCCAGAAGCAGCCUUUAGAAAUGGCCCUUCCUCAAUCACAGGGUCAAGCAGCAGCCAGACCAAGGCGGUCAGGCCUGCUUCGUUAUAUAGCCAUUGCCAUUUUGGCGCUGAUAGUGCUGGCAGGCAUAACAGUGCUCAUAAUCUGGUUGGUUGUGAAGCCCAGACGUUUUGAGUACAGUGUGGAAGACGCUUCAAUCCACAAUUUCAACUUAACAGAUGCUAACCACCUCUAUGCCGACUUCGAUUUCGACAUAAGAGCGUACAAUCCCAAUUCCAGGGUCUCCAUUUACUAUGACACCAUGGAGGUGUUUGUGGUGUACGAGGAUCAGACACUGGCCACCAAUGCAGUUCAGCCAUUCUUCCAACGUCACAGAAAUGUGACUAGCCUUCAAGUGAGGCUCGCUGCUAAGACCGUGUCCUUAUAUGGGUCUUUGCCUGAAGACCUUAAGCUGGAGAAACGCUCAGGGGAUAUUGAACUAGACGUGUUGAUCAAGGCGAGAAUACGGUUCAAGGUAGGGGUGUGGAAGUCGAAGGAUCGCACCAUGAAAAUCUUUUGUUCACCCGUGCUGGUCCACUUUUCUGUGUCCAAGAAUUUCGAGAGGACCCUCUGCAGCGUAGAACUAUAAGCAAGAGCAAUCCUUGCGAGCGUGUAAACGUGACGGUGGAAAUUGUACGUGUACGGGCUAAUUGGGCUUGUUCCGUUGGUCUUUUUUGGGUUUGGAUAUAUUUCUUUUCUUUUUUUUUUCCGGGUUUAUAUGCUGUUUUGCCUUUCCGGCUUUCUAGUAUUUUCACAUUCUAAUUUGCGUCGUUUGUGUGGAUUUGGUUUUAAUUUGUUGUUCGGGCCGAUUGGCGCCUGUAAUGAGAGUAGUUGAACUCAAAUGUGUAUAUGCAAGCCUUUCAUGUGUUUUGGGCUUUUUGAAGGAAAUCCAGCUACUGGCAUGCAA